CUGUAUAAAUUGUACACUCCGCGUGCUGUAUAAAACGGGUACCAAUAAAAUAACGUAAAUAUUGUUAGGUUCGGCGGCGGUGUAACACGAUUCGACCGAUCUCAGGUGGAGGGUACUGACGGUAGUAGCGCUCGGAAGAGUAGGAGAAGAGACAAAGACCUUUUUUCACUGCGCGAAAUCAGCACGACUGUACCACGGACAGUACCACCCGUACCGGUCUCGAGAGCGGAUACGACUCUUUAUGCCGCGCAUGUGCGUGAAAUCCACCGAGUAUUCUACUUCCUAAUCGGUUCGAAAAACGACAUAAAUAAUUAAUAAUAAUAAUAAUAAUAAUAUACAAACGGUCGGCGGACAUGGACAGUGCAGGAUCCGCUCGUCACUCGUUGGCAGUGGCGACGACAGUCGUGGCGGUCGCGCUGUGCUGUGCGGCCGCGGUGGGCGGCAGGACCGGACCGAGUCCAGGUAACACCGCCGCCKCAGCCCCKUCGUCGCUACUGACCAAGUUACCGCAACCGCAGUUACCGAAAUUGUCGGUGAUCUACACGUACGGGAAACAUCAGUCAUCUACGACGAAUCCUCCAACUUAUCCGGUCAACAAACAGCAGCCGUCGCAGCGACCAUCACCUCAGCAACAGCCACAACAGCCGUCUAAGCCCCAGAAACGACCGCCAAAACCGACGACGGUGGACGAACGGCCGGGUGGACGGGAUCAACCGCACCAGUCGUCGUCGGCAAACGCAUCCGUGAUGACGACUUCGCAGAGACCGAAGGUGGAGACGACCACCCAAGAUCGGGCCAUCAUCACUGUGCCGUUGAAAGCUUGCCCCGACGGUCAACGGAUGGGACCCGACCGGAACUGCAGACCCGACUUUCCAGACCCCGAGGGCGACCAAUCCAAAUAGUCGAUCGACCGAACUGCGCCACUUUCAUAGUGAAUUUACUAUAUAACACUAUACGUCGACAUUGCUAUUAUUAUUUUUAUACGCGAUUUGCUUUACAGACAUAUUGUUUUUAUCCCCCCCUCCCAGUACUAAGUGUAAUAUACAUAAUCAUAUUAUCAUGUAUUUAUAUAUUUAUGUUUGUAUUAAGUGUAACCCACGAUUUAUUCCAGUUAGAAAACGUUUACGUGUGACGAAUUAUGAACAAACGAAAUAAAAAAUAUUUAUCACUAAAA